AUGAUCCGAAAUGUGCUUUUCCAGCAAUGUUGCAAAAGAUUUCAGCAAGCCGAUAGCGCGUCACUGCUUUUUUUAAUUCAGGCUUUUGGUCGUGUCAUCGCACCAAGAUCGAUAUCAACGAAUGUUCCUGGUAGUGUUGGCGACUUUACUAAUGGUGUGAGGAAUGCGUCAAAUUCUUCUUGCUCUUCGUCGUGGCAAUCCCAUCAACAUUCAUUCACUAAUUCUCAUCACAUUGCAGCAGUAUCAGCACUGGCGCAUGAAAGUGGAACAGCUCUACUCAAACGUCGUACAGCGGCGAUUUGCUCCGAUAUAAUACCGUUGAGUGACGACGAACCUGAUCCAUCAGAUGCUAAGCGGCCACCCAUGCCGGUACCUAGUGCGGUGGUAGAACACCAACCUGCAUCCAGAAGUGAUUUAGGAUGCGAGGCAUAUUCUCACUCCAUUGUACUUGUUUAG